AGAGAGAGAGAGAGAGAGAGAGAGAGAGAGAGAGAGGGAAUGAUGGGGUAGUGUCUCAUCUCUCAGUGCUUUGCUCAUCGCUGAAGGGGCUCCUGUGCCGAUCUUGCCAUUGAUGUUUUAAGAAGACGAUGACAAUGAAUUAACCUGUCUCACCUGCCACUUGAUCAUUGAAGCCUACAGAUCCCUAACAAGCAACAUGAUUCUGACAUGUAUCGUGCUGAUGAUAAAUAAUAACAUGCAUGACUGAAAGAAAGUGGUGCACCCACUAUAGCAAACCUAUUUAGGCUAAUGCCUAUUUCUUUUGCUAUUUGGGAAGUGUUUUAAUGGACCAAAGUUGAGGUCUUUGAUACCAUGGGUUGUGGAGGCUCCAGGACAGAUGCGUUGGAGCCGAGAUAUAUGGAAAGCUGGACCAAAGAGACAGAGUCCACUUGGCUGACCAGCACAGACACAGACAUGCCCCUGUCCUCCAUCCAGAGCAUUCCCUCAGAAAACUCUUCAGAAGUAGGCUUCCCUUCAGAGAAAUCCGCCAACCUUGAUCUCUUUGAUGAUGGCCUUCCUGCUCCAGCUCAGGCAUAUCUGAAAGUGUGUUCAGCCAUGUCCGAGGUGGGUCUUAAUGACAGGAAAACGGGAAGUACUCCUGCAGUACUCUCUUCACAAGAGCAGGAAAUUCUGUCGACGUCCGGUACAACAUUACAAAGGCGAAGUGUGCUGAAAACUGAGGAAAUAACCAAAUGGCAGGACAAUAGGAUGUCAACCAAGCAGGUGACCAUAACUGUGACUCAAAGUAUCCGAAAGGUGGACAAGAGCGGAAAGAUCAAGGAAAAAUCCCUAACUACAUAUGAGGUCAUGAAACCAGUGGACGGUCUAAAGGACGCUGCGAUUGAUUCAGUGCCUCAAUAAGACGAAUCAAUAGAUAUCAUGAGGAUUGUUCAUUUGCCUGAAACAGAUUCUACCUUGGACCAUAAUCAACUUUUGGACCAAAGCAGUAAACAGGGAUGACCUGAAUGAAGAAUUACAUCAGUGUUAAGAUGAACAGAAUCAUUCAAUGGUCAAUUCAUCAUCAUCCUUAAGUUACAGAUGACAUUAGAUUGUUUUUGAUGCAUACAGUCUUAGUAAAUGUACUGUACGUACUGUACAUUUGAAGCAUACCAAUAUAAAAUGGCAAACAAAGGCAUACAUUUAUAGAUUGAAAUGAUUGUUUAAUGUGCUUUAAAUGGUUAAAAUAUAUUUAAAUUGUUGGACACAAAAACCAACAACAAAAGUGUGUGUGUUAAAUGUUCAAGUCGAUUAUGGAUAUUGAUGUAGAGUUUAUUUAUUUAUUCAAAAUGAAUUAUAAUAAUUGGUUGAUGGCUUUUAUUUGGAUGUCUUCGUGUGAUGAUGUGUAUGUAUAUGAAAAUCAGGUCUCUCUUAUAUAAGUGUUACCACACAAUAGUUGCCUUGAAACAGUGUUUCAUUCUUUUUUAUGGUACAAAUCAUAAAAACAUAGUUGUCAGUCAUUAUUGAAACAAUUUUAAUCCAAGAAACCUCAGGG